CUCUAUUCACAUGACCCAGAGAACCCUACAAAAUCAUGUAAAUUGAGAGGUGCAAAUCUUCAUGUUGACUUUAAGAACCCUCGUGAAACUGCCCAGGCCAUCAAGGGUAUGCAUAUCCAAACAGCCACCAAGUAUCUAAAAGAUGUCAUAUUACAGAAGCAAUGUGUGCCAUUCCAGCAUUACAUUGGUGGAGUUGGGAGAUGUGCCCAGGACAAACAGUGGGGUUGGACGCACGUUCAGCGGCCCAAAAAGAGUGCAGAAUUUUUACUGCACGUGCUUAAAAAUGCAGAGAGUAAUUUUGAACUUAAGGGUUUAGAGGUAGACUCUCUGGUCAUGGAGCAUAUCCAGGUGAACAAAGCUCCCGAGAUGUUUUGCAGAACUUACAGAGAUCAUGGGCAGAUUAACCCACACUUGAGCUCCCCCUGCCACAGAGAGAUGGUCCUCACUGCAAAAGAGCAGAUUGUUCCUAAACCAGAAGAGGAGGUUGCACAGAAGAAAAAGAUCUCCCAGAAGUACCUAAAGAAACAAAAACUUAUGGCCCAGGAGUAA